AUGCUUCUCGUCCGGCAGGCCUUGAAGCGUACACCACUUUCGACAUGCCUAGUUAAACAUUAUCCCAGUACGGCGGUGGCCGUGGCCGUCCGCGGCCCCGCAGCCAGCUUCUCAACAACACCCUCUGCACGCAAGAAACCCGUACAACUCCCUCCCCGUCCAUCCGUAUCCGACGACGAGAUAAAACACACCUUCGUCAAGGGUUCCGGCCCAGGAGGCCAGAAGAUCAACAAGACCAACAGCGCUGCACAAGUUACACAUCUCGCGACGGGGAUCGUGGUCAAGAGUCAACGCACGCGGAGUAAGAGCGAGAACUUCAAGAUCGCAAAACGGAUUCUCGCGGAGAAAGUUGAGUUGCUAGAAAAGGGCGGCGAGUCGAGGGCGGCGAAGGUUCAUGAUCGGGCGAGGAAGAAGAAAUUGAGUGCUGAGAAGAAGAGGAGACGGAAGUAUAAGGCUCUUGCGGAGGAGGGAAACAAAGACGGAAAGGACGAUGGGGAUGAGGCAGAGGAAGAUGAUGGGGACGAGGAUCUGGUAGAUGGGCUGGAAGGUCGGAAUGGGUCUGGACUGGAGAGCAAGAAGGAGGGAUCUACGAGUGUGACUGAUGCAACGCAGACAGGCACGACGAAUGGAUGA